CCAACCUCCCUCUUUGGUUUUGAAUCUUGUCUGCUCUCCCAGCGACUCUCAGCGCCAUGUCGGAAACUGCUCCCGCGGAGGCCGCCGCCCCGGCGCCGGUGGAGAAGUCCCCCGCCAAGAAGAAGGCGGCCAAGAACGACUCUCAGCGCCAUGUCGGAAACUGCUCCCGCGGAGGCCGCCGCCCCGGCGCCGGUGGAGAAGUCCCCCGCCAAGAAGAAGGCGGCCAAGAAGCCGGCGGCGUGGACAAGAACAACAGCCGCAUCAAGCUGGGCCUCAAGAGCCUGGUGAGCAAGGGCACCCUGCUGCAGACCAAGGGCACCGGCGCCUCGGGCUCCUUCAAGCUCAACAAGAAGGCGGCCUCCGGGGAGGCCAAGCCCAAGGCCAAGAAGGCGGGCGCGGCCAAGCCCAGGAAGCCCGCGGGCUCCACCCCCAAGAAGCCCAGGAAAGCGACAGCCGCCAAGAAGUCCGGGAAGAAGACCCCCAAGAAGCCGAAGAAACCUGCGGCCACCGGCGCCAAGAAGGUGGCCAAGAGCCCCAAGAAGCCCAAGCCCGCCGCCAAGCCUAAGAAAGCUGCAAAGAGCCCUGCCAAGCCCAAGCCUGUGAAGCCCAAGGCGCCCAAGGGCAAACCUGCCAAACCCAAGACCGCCAAACCCAAGUCUGCAAAGACUAAGAAGGCGGCCCCGAAAAAGAAGUAGGAUGUUUGCCUCCUGAGAGGCCACCAAACCCAAAGGCUCUUUUCAGAGCCACCCAGAGGCCUCGAGAAACAGCUGGGCACUGCACUACUUAGGCCUGGAACUACUACUGCACUGUAGCUGUUUUAGAUGCACAGGGUUAUGAAUGGGUUACAAUUUCCUU